AGGUGGGAGUCUGGACCGCUAUGAAAGUGCCUCCGUGUUCUUAUUCCUCCUUACCUUCAUGGACACAUUGCAAAAAUGCGCUGAUCGGUUUUAUCGCAGUGGUAGCCGUUUUUAUCGUCGUAUUUAUCGCCUACCAUGGCGCAAGUAGUGCUCGACUGGCCAGAUUUUAUAAAAGUAAAAGGUACGACCCUUCCAAGACGAACAAGCUGUGUAAGCAGUCUCCACGACAGGAGGCGAUAAAUUGGAACUAUUUUUACUACUACGAAGACGUCAAGACUAAAAAGAGCCUCGUGUGGUGCAAGGUUCCUAAGGCAGGUUCGACCACUUUGACGAAAAUGUUCCUACGUCUCGCAGGUGCCAAAGAUAUCAGCAACACGACCAGAAUUCACAAACUGCUCCGCAACUAUUAUCCUCGCCUCUCAUCAAAAGUUAUGACGCACAGGAUCCGCGAUUCUAAAACCUUUGUCGUGGUGAGAGACCCAUUCGAGAGGAUUUUGAGUGCUUACAGGGACAAGUUGGAGAGCUAUGAGAGGGACUUGGAAUAUCGAGAUGGCUAUUACUACGACCAUUAUGGGAGAUUUAUGGUCAAAGAUGAAAAAACGGGGAUGACCGGAAAUUUCACGACGACAAGGAAGGAACCAACAUGGCCGGAAUUUGUGCAGUAUUUGCUGAAAACUUCGGUAGCAAGAUAUGACGAGCACUGGAUGCCAAUUACGAGAUUAUGCUCUCCAUGCAAAGUGGACUACAAUAUUGUGAUAAAGAUGGAAAACUUUGCCAGAGAGAUUCGACAACCAUUGAACUAUGCAAAAAUCGACGUCGCCAGCCUGGGUUGGGCCCAUAAAACUGGAACGUCGACAAACAGGAAAAUUAUCAAUGGCUAUUUUAAAAACUUAACUUUAACCGAUGUGAAAAAACUGUACGCAAAGUACAAGAAAGACUUUCAACUAUUUGGUUACACACCAUUCAAAUACUUUAAACUCUUUAAUAAUAAUAACGAACAAAACAAAACGGUGACAGAAUAAAAUAUUUAAAUAUCUUCUACUUCAA